UCUCACUAUGUCUGAUGGGGACUAUGAUUACCUCAUAAAAUUUCUAGCACUUGGUGAUUCUGGAGUAGGAAAGACCAGCCUUCUUUACCAAUAUACAGAUGGCAAAUUUAAUUCCAAAUUUAUCACAACGGUGGGCAUUGACUUCCGGGAAAAAAGAGUGGUGUAUAGACCUAAUGGGCCAGAUGGCAUUGGUGGCAGAGGACAGAGGAUACAUCUUCAGCUCUGGGACACUGCAGGGCAAGAAAGAUUUCGUAGCUUGACCACAGCUUUCUUCAGAGAUGCCAUGGGCUUUCUUCUACUCUUUGAUCUGACAAAUGAACAAAGCUUUCUAAAUGUCAGGAACUGGAUAAGUCAGCUACAAAUGCAUGCAUAUUGUGAAAACCCUGACAUUGUAUUAUGUGGAAACAAGAGUGAUCUGGAAGACCAAAGAAUGGUGAAAGAAGAAGAGGCUAAGGAACUUGCAGAAAAAUAUGGAAUACCAUACUUUGAAACCAGUGCAGCUAAUGGGAAUAAUGUAAGCAAAGCCAUUGAAACUCUGCUUGACCUCAUUAUGAAGCGCAUGGAACGGUGUGUGGAUAAAUCCUGGAUCCCAGAAGGGGUGGUGCGCUCCAAUGGGCACAGCUCUACAGAACAACUGAAUGAUGAGCAAGAGAAAGGCAGAUGUGGCUGUUAACACAGUUAAUGAUCAAGGGCAAUGUGUAUGAUAUAGUACAGCUGCAGCUUAACUGUUUUAUCUUUUGGACAGAUCACAUUAUGUAGUUAUUUGAUGAGCUAUAUUAAUUCUUGAUGCUAGUUUUUGGUUUUUUCCUCUCAACUCUGGCCUUUGCUUGCAAGGUAUGCAGUUUAUUAGUGAUGGAGAAGAGGUUUAAUUUGCUGUAGCACUGCAUGUUCUUGUAAUUCUCUACUUUGGAGGGAAGGGAGAGGAAUUUUCAUUAGCAAGUUCAGAAACAGCUCUCUAUGGAGGCAAUGAGGAAGGGUAGAUUUUCAAUUGGAGGAUUUUCGGUUGCCCUUUGAGGGCUCCAUUAACUAUACAGAACAGUCAUUAUAGAUAGGAUACCGUGACAACUCUUAUCUCUACUAACAGCAAGCUUUCCAACCUGGCUCUUGGUUUGGAACAGAAACAUUUAAACAUUUCAUCAAUCAGUAACAAUUUUAAAGAGCAAGUCUGUUGUUUUCCACAAAACCCUGUGAAUAGCUGCUUCUUGCUCUCAAACCAUCAGGUUUUUGUGAUGAAACCCAGAAGACAGGUAUUCUAUACAGAACAAAAAACCAUGGAGAAGUACAGGGGUGCCCAUAUAGAGCACUUAGGGUAUGUCACGACAUUGAACAUAUCAACUAUGACUGUAUUAUAUGAAAUACAUCCAACACAGAUGAGACCUCCUGACAGAAUCUGAAUUUAUAGAACAUGCAUAUACUUAUAUUUAUAUGUAAAAGGCAUGACUGUACAUCUGCUGCUAUGUUUCUUUUAUGUUACUCGUGUUUUAAUAGAAAUGUAGGGCAACCUAGAUGUCAGCAAAAUUUCUUCAGAUCUAGUGCUUUGCACUGAA